AUGAACGGAGUAGAACGCAGCGGCAAAGUCAACAAAGCAAAUAGCCGUUGGUUCUUGGUAGCUAUGGCGGAAUACAAGGAUCCGUCUCAGUGUGUAUAUCUAGUCCACACAUCCACGCCCAGCGCAAAAUCCGGCCUGGUUUGGUUGCGUCCUGAAGUCGCGCAUAAACUGGAACCGCCUGAGGAGAACAAUGGCGAAAAUCUUCGCAGUAACGUCGAUGAGGCUUAUGCCGCGGUAGUUCUCACAGUUUGUCUUAUCUCCCUUCUUGUGGACAGGCGCAAGGAUGUCUGA